GGAAGUGGGGGUGAGUCGCUAAAAUCAGGAAACUGAAUGUUGCUAUUGAUACCGCAGCAACGGGUGAAAGCUAACUUAUUCGCACGGACAGAACGCCGCAACUGGAUUUUGAGGGGAAUUUAAAAAGAAAACGUAUUUCUUCGAACUAUGAUCCUUAUGGACUGAUCAUUUUACGGACCUUCAAGACAUAAACAUGGAAGACCUCAUCUGCUGUAGGGAAUCAGUUAAUUCUCCAUCCCUCUCACCACAUGAUCUAGUAAUUCUGCACACUGCUGAGGGACAGGAUUGGGCCAUGUAUUUGCAGCAGAUCAUGCAAAAGUCCUCCAGGAAGUUCCAAAAAAGCUCCGUUUUGCUAUAUAACAUUGGCCCAUAUGAUGAUGGGUACAACUUUGAAAAUGUCGACAGCUUCAACUGCAUUGUGCUGCUCCUCACUGGAGCAUUCAUAGACUUCAUGUCUGAGUCAAAACUGCAUGGGGGCCUUCAGAGGCUGCUCCACCCAUCACACCGAGUUGUGGCGCUGUUGUGUGGCGUGUCCGAAGAAGACGUACGGACGGCUGAUGGCUUUGAAGACUGGGCAAGUUGGAGAAAACUUCACGCUAAGGAUGAACCUGCUGUCUACGUCUCGACCAUUUUGGAGACCAUCACUAACAGCAUGCUCCAGGCUGAACAUGUGAUGAAAUGCACAGCCUCAGAUGAGCUGCACGUCACAGAAGCCUCUUCAAGUGAAGAUCCCUCCACUCAUGGGACACAGGAAGUCUUGUCAGAAGCGUGUCAAAAAAGAACUUGGAAGGAUGAACAUGUUGCUGUUGGUCUUUCAGUAACCAAGGAAAUGAAUGCUCACACACACAUCAACUGCGUCACUGUCCAACCACGCCGAAUUCUCUGUGGAGUGGAGGAGAAAAUUUUCAUUAUUUUUAAUGCAAAAGUAAAUGAUCUCCCAUCACCAGAGGUGGAGUUUUCUUCUGAAAAUAACCCAAUAAAAAUGGUUCCAUGCACUGUUGAGAAUGAGUACACCAUAAGUCUUACUACACCCGAAAUGCAAGCAGGAGUGGCAUUGCUCACUCUGUGCUCUAAUCAAGCACGUAUAAGCUUGAAAUGUAUCACGUACUAUACCAACAUGGGAGAAGUCAGACAGUGUCUUGAAAAUUCUGCCGACCCCAUAAAUUUCCUCUGCCAGGCUUUCAAUUUGAUGUCCAAUUCAGUUGAAUUUUUGGACAACAUUCUAAGUGACUCAUUAAAAUCCAAGAUGCCUGCAUGUCUUCCGCUGUUUGGGAUCAGCCAAAUUGAGGAGCACAAUAUGGCAGCAUAUAAGCGCAGCGAGGAACUUCCCACGCUGCUCCACUUUGCUGCGAAGUACGGCCUGAAGAAGCUGACGCGCGUCGUCCUUCAGAUUCCUGGGGCGCUGCAAGCUUACAGUGUGAUGAACAAGAACGGCGAUUAUCCAAACACGCUGGCGGAAAAGAGUGGCUUCCCAGAUCUCCGACAGUUUAUUGAUGAAUUUGUUAGGGAAUAUAUGCUCAAAUCUCACAAAGAAGGUCCAGAUGAGAUUGAAGAGGACUAUGAACAGAUGUCAAAUACCAAGUACUCAGGUUGUCCCAAUGACAUGUAUGUGUCAAUGCUGGACAUAAGCCCUGAGUGUGCAGAUGACCUAUAUGAAGUCAUGAAUGCAGUAGCGGAAAACCCCGAGGAAGCUAUGUUGAGGAGAUUUUUUCAAGCAAAACCUCACAACAGCAUAGCCCUGGAUGAGGGGAAGCAAGUGAAAUGUGAGCAAAUGGAAAAUACAGAAGCAAAUGUGCUGAACGAAAUUUACAAUGAGUUUGAACCCUACAACCUGUCCAGUGAAGAGAUUUAUGAUACUCUGGAUGACAAUAAUUGCCGCAAUGCAGCAGUCCGGUCCCGACCACCAGCCCCGGUCCCCAGACCUGAAAUUGAGCCUGAACCUGAAAAAAAUGUAACCUAUAUUGCAAAAGUAUUUUCAGAUAAAGCUAUGUUCCAAAAUCGAGCCAUGGAAACAUAUCAGGAAGCUCAGCCUGCGAUGGACUCCCCCGUACCUGUAUAUGAUGCUUUUGCUGGCAUGAAGACGCCCGGUCAGAGACAGCUGAUAACCCUGCAGGAGAGGGUAAAAAUUGGAGAAAUUACUGUGGAUGAAGCCGUCUCUGAAUUCAAAGCUUGGCAGCUGGACCAUGAGCGCAGAGCAAUGUCAGUGCGCUAUCAGCAGGAUAAUCUUAGAAGAUUAAGAGAGAGCAUCAACAGGCGUCACAAUGAGAGAGAAAAGGCAGGAAAGAACCUUGACUAUGAGAUAAGUGCCCCACUGCAGAGAAACUCCUUUUGGGGGGCCACUGGGACAUUGGAGUCUGCUGUAUAUGACGGAGCGCCCAAAAUGGUGCCUCCAUCCUCCUCAACGGGCCAGUUUAUCCAAAGAGGCACCUGGAAAACAGGGAGCACAUCCAGUACAUCCAGCACAGAGAGCAACAGACUUAGCACGCACAGCAAUUUGAGCUACAGCAGCGGGACAGAGCCAGAUUAUGAGGACUCUCUUGAAAACCUCCCCCUUUCACCACGAACGACUGAUCCACCUCCACUAAUUCCACCCAGAAUUCCGCCACGAAAUUCGCAAAGCACGUCAGAUAAGAUGUUGCAUGAGCGUUAUGUCACCUGCCCGACCCGAGCACCUCCUCAAAGACCGUCUCAAAGACACCCAAAUCCUGCUCGUCCUGUUUCACGUCGACUGCGGUGAUGGACAGAAAUCAAAGUCUUGUGCACAAUCUGGGUUCAGUUUUGUUUUAAUGCUAGAGAGGUGAAGAGGUUGUGGACUUCGGUGGGGACAACAUGAGAACAAAAGAAAGUACCAACAUUGAGACAUUUUCUUCUCUUGAUUGAUUUGACACGCUGCAAAAAGAUGCUUAUACAGUGGAAUUGUCAUGAUCCUGCCGCUCCAGCACGAGCUGUGCGGGUGUCCGCGCAGGUGCGCUGAUUGGAGGGUGCACACCUGCGCCUCAUGCAGCCUGAUUAUGCUGUGGAUUUAUAUGACCGCGAUGACAACUGGCCGGCGCCAGUUCGUAUGAUCUUCAUGUCCCGUUCGUGUGCUCCGGUAUCCGUGAUUGAACCUGUGUGUACCGACCUUCGCAUGUUCUCCGACCAACCUUGUAAGCCUGACUCCUUUGAUACUUCUGCCUGCGUUGAUUGUUCCCCUGUGUACCGACUCCUGCCUGUCCGCUCAUCUGUUCUCAUCGCCCGACGUCCCAACUACCGCUGCUGCACCGGACUGCCUGCUCGAUCCCCUACCUCUGCAUAUAAUAAACGUGUCUCUUCUUGAA